GGCAGCAGCAGCAGCGAGCGAUCUGCACUAGUCACCGCAAGAACCACCACCACAAGUGAGUGACUGUCCGAGCAGGGAAAGGCAGGGAGAGAUGGCAAUGAGGCCGCUCGUCGUGCUCGCCCUGGCCGUGGCGCUGGCCGGCGUGGCGCUGGGAGGGGGCGCGGCCGAGGGGGCCGGCGAGUGCGGGAGGGCCUCCCCCGACCGGAUGGCCCUGCGCAUGGCCCCGUGCAUCUCGGCGGCGGACGAGCCGGACUCGGCGCCCUCCAGCAGCUGCUGCUCGGCGGUGCACACCAUCGGCAAGAGCCCCAGCUGCCUGUGCGCCGUCAUGCUGUCCGGCACCGCCAAGAUGGCCGGGAUCAGGCCCGAGGUCGCCAUCACCAUCCCCAAGCGCUGCAACAUCGCCGACCGUCCCGUCGGCUACAAGUGCGGAGAUUACACGCUGCCUUGAUGGCCCGGCAAUGCUGCCGAUCAAGAUGAAUGCUGUGGAAGGUGUCGUCGUGUGGGAAUAAGCGAGUGGUGCAUGUACCACUUAUGUGGGGCACUAGUGACUCCAUGGAGGUGCCACCAUGUGAUGUGUGCUUGUGGAAAUAUGUUUCUAUAAGCAUGUAAUGUUUCGUCUGUGUUAACGUGAACAAACGUCUCCGUGUGGUUUCUAUUGUCGUA